AUGUUUGGGAUAUUUGCAGACCUUCUCUCAUCCAUUAUCACGAUUCUGUUCCCUGCCUUUGCCUCCUUCAAAGCCAUCCGGUCCGGAAAUCCCGCCCAGCUGACACCAUGGUUGAUGUACUGGGUUGUGUUGUCCGGCAUCUUACUGGCUGAGUCAUGGACCGUGUUUAUCAUUGGAUGGUUUCCAUUUUACAGCUGGAUCCGUCUGGCGGUACUUUCGUACCUUGUUCUCCCACAAACCCAGGGCGCCCGAAUCCUCUUUCAAGAAUACGUCGACCCUUUCUUCGAACAGCAUGAGCGUCAGAUUGAGGAGUUGAUUGGCCAGGGUCACGAGCGUGCAAAGGCUCUCGGGCUUCAGUACUUUUACCGGCUGGUUGAUCUGAUCCGGGAAAAGGUGCUGGGGCUGCCACCUCAGCAAACUGCGACCGCUGCGCCUCCGCAUGCCACCGGUGCUGCCGGAUACGCCCAGUCGCUGCUCUCUCGCUUUAACCUACCGACGACGAUUGUAAACAAUGGACAAGGCUCCGGAGGCGACUGGUUUUCUCUGGUCACGUCGGCCAUGACGACGGCGACAUCGACGGGCCAAAGCCGCGAAGUGCAGGCCGAGGAGCUCUCUGCAAGCGGGAUCCUGCACUCGGACAAGGUUGCCAGUCUGUCGCGAUCCGACAAGGCCAAAUUCUACUCGUCGCAGCGAGAGCGCCUCGAGGUGCUUGUGUCGGCGCUCCAGAAGGAGGAACACAAACUGGGCUCGGACGAGGACCUGGCCUACGGAGCGCACAGCGGUCUACGUAAGAACACGAGCGAGCACUCGUUUGACCAGAUCGACUCGGACGAUCUCAACGGUAUCCCUGGAUCGCGCACCUCGACGCAAGAAGAUAGCUGGACCGGCCGGUGGUUUGGAGGACAGUCUUCUUCUACGACCAAACGGACAGUGUCUUCAGAAUCCUCUGGCGCCGACUUUGCGGCGCGAGCAGUGGACGAGAUCAGCCGGGCAUCUGGCUUUACGAGAUAG